CGCAGUGUAUCUUGCUAUUUAGGUACGCGUGGAGCCUGUUUACUUGCUGCUAGCUGGAGAAUUCUUUGUGGAAAAACAGAAAGUGAAAAGUCAGUGCGGGUAGUUUUGUUCUGUUUAACUGACAGGUGACAAGAACCCGAAACAAUGUCAAACGACGGCUCAGCGAAACUGUCGAAAAACCUUUUACGGAUGAAGUUCAUGCAAAGAGGUCUUGAUGCAGAUGUGAAGAAACAACUCGAGGAAGAAGAGAAAAGGAUCAUAAGUGAUGAACACUGGUAUUUGGACCUGCCUGAACUGAAAGCAAAAGAAAGCUACAUUAUUGAAGAAAGGAGUUAUGUCCCAUGUGAAGACUUGGUAUAUGGAAGAAUGUCAUUUAAGGGGUUUAAUUCUGAGGUUGAGAAGCUGAUGGUUUUAAUGAAUGCUCCCAAAGAAGAGGAGGAUGAAGAGGAGGAGAAGGAUAUUACUCGAAUGGACACUGAUAUUACAGAUGAGGAUAUGGCCAUUAGGUAUGGAAGCUUGGUUGAAAGCAUGAAAAGAAGAUUUGGCAAAAAACGGGAACGUACAUGUCUGAAGAAUGAUGAUGAUGAUGUCAACCGUAAUGCUGUAGAGACGCAUCCCAAGAAGGCAUUCCUAAAACCACAGGACUGAGGAAUUUCUAUAGGCUUUGUAAAAUAUGUAUGAACAUUUUUUUAUAUAUAUGUACACACAUUUUGAACUCUGUUUUAAUGCCUUUACAACCAUCCAGUGGGGAAAUAUGUUUGCUGUAAAAUGGCAGUAAAAAUGGAUGUUGUACAUCCUUCUUUAUAAUGAACAAGUUUAUGAUCAUUG